AUGGUGGUCCCGAAUGAAAAAGGAGAACUUAUCCCUAUGAGGCCGAUCACCGAUUGGAGAGUAUGCAUGGAUUAUCGAAAGCUCAACUCUUGGAUCGAGAAAGAUCAUUUUCCAAUGUCGUUUACGGGUCAAAUGCUUAAUCGACUUGCAGGGUGUGGAUGGUACUGUUUCUUGGAUGGCUACUUUGGGUACAACCAAAUCUCUAUUGCACUAGAAGACCAAGAGAAAACCACUUUUACAAGACCCUACGGGACUUUCACCUUCAAGAGGAUUCCAUUUGGAUUAUGCAAUGCUCUAGCGACAUUUCAAUGGUGCUUGCUUUCGAUUUUCGCUGAUAUGGUGGAAGAUUCAAUUGAAGUGUUCAUGGAUAACUUUUCAGUUGUAGGUGACUCAUUUGAGACAUGUUUGGCUCAUCUUGGGCGGGUCCUUCAAAGGGAAUACUUGUUGGGUACUAAUGUGAUGGUUCAUACUGAUCAUGCAGCAUUACGGUAUUUAAUGGCAAAGAAAGAGGCUAAACCGAGGUUGAUCAGGUGGGUCUUGUUGUUGCAAUAG